AUGUCCCUAGGUAGUGAGAAUAUCAAAAUGCUUCAAAAAUUAUUUAAAAACACUGACGACGAUUCAUCAGAGGAAGAAAUCGAGCAAGAUGGGCCACAGUUCGGUCCUGGUGAUAUCGGAGAGUCAACUGCUAAACCAAAAAAGAAACCUGUGGGCGAUCCUGCGGAGCACAUUGCACCGUCAACGUAUGCUCCGCUUGAGAAACCGACAGAAACGCAACCGCAAACCAUUGAAGACUGGGAAUCGCAACAGCAGCAGGAUGAUGGAGCCGUGUUUGAGUCUCGCAAGCGACCGGAGUAUAGAGUUUCGUACCGCCAAACGGUGGCCACCGAAGAUAUCUACCUCCAGAUGGGUUGCAAAUCGCCCAGCACGGCCAGCUGUGAGAGUAUGGUCGUCGAUGUGUUCCUGACUGGCGACGAUUCCGCCAUCGGCAUACAUCACAUCGAGCUAGCGGUCAAGGAGCAGCGAAUCGUCGUGGCAACGCCCAAACAUCGACUUGAUCUGGUGCUGCCGCACAGGAUCGAUCCGGACAAGGGUAACGCAGCGUGGCUGUCGGAUGAAAAAACUCUUCGCCUUACCCUACGAAUGGUGCGGGAAUUGGAUUUCGUUAACUUUUAG